CGUUCUCUUCGCUUCUCGCCCCUUGACGUGAGUCUCUAGUGCCGUACGUGGGGAAUGGGGUAGUAAUCCGUGGUCAUCCUCGCCGGGUGCUAUCUGAGGACCCCAGUUCUGGGUUGAAGGUUCCGGCCGCGCGCCCCGCUCCUCGUCGCUAUGCCUCGCAAAAUUGAGGAGAUCAAGGACUUCCUGCUCACAGCCCGCCGCAAGGACGCCAAGUCCGUCAAGAUCAAGAAAAAUAAGGAUAAUGUGAAGUUUAAAGUUCGAUGCAGCAGAUACCUUUACACCUUGGUCAUCACAGACAAAGAGAAGGCCGAGAAGCUGAAGCAGUCCCUGCCCCCCGGUUUGGCCGUGAAGGAGCUGAAAUGAACCCACGUACGCUGCUUUGAACUGUAUUAAAAUUUUUAAAAUUCUCAAAA